CACUGUCUUUUCCGUGCCGGUAUUUCAGACGAUACACGUUGGGAGCGGCUCGGCAACACAUGUUCCCGUCUUCUACUGGAAGUGUAUUCCUGCCAUCGUAACAAAACAUACCUUGUUAAAAUAUGAAGUAAUAUUAAUUGAAGGAGAUCAGUUGGUGUUUUCUGCUAUUCUCCCAAAUGGGAGAAUGUCAAUUGGAGAAACGAUUGCAGUGUUUCGUACCUAACACACAUUCAAACUGGACGGCAAGGAAAACUCCUAAAAUUUGGGGAAAAAUCUAGUUUAUUACCUUUUUUGUUGUCAUUGACAACGAAUUGUAUUGACAUCUCCGAGACAAGACAAUGCUGCAAACAUUACUUAGAGUUGGGCGUCAGCUGGCUACUGCCGUGCCAUACUAUGCCAGUGCUGCUCCUACAUUACUGCAAUGUAGCAAAGUAUUUCCUGGCACCUGUCAUAACAGCAUGAAAUUUGGAUCUCUGUGUUCUACAAUUGCUAAGCAGCAUAAUUCACUCUUAUUUCAACCCACAAACGUUCCAUUGUGUGAACCACCCACUCGCACAGUUACAAAGUUUUCAUUGCAAAAAGGAAAACGAAAAACUGUUAAAGCAGUAGUAAAACGUUUCUUCCGUUUACAUUGGGGAGGCUGGAUAAGAACGGUGGCUGGUCGACAUAAAAAGAUGUGGAAGAAGUCCGCGAAGCGAAGACACAGGUUGAAACAACACCUGCUGUGCAAUUGUACUCAGAGUUACCUCUUGGAUAAAAUGGUCACAAAAUGUUGGCGUACUCCAAAGUAUUAUGUGGAGGAUCCAUAUGAGCCAUACCAUACAAGAGAAGAACAUCCUAUUGCACGUCGUAAACCUGCAUAAAAUAACAAAUCACUUAUUUUCAUAGAAUUUUUAUUAGAAAACUGUUUUGAUGAUUGUAAUUUGAUCUGUACUAAUAAAUACAAACUAAUCCAUUUAUGGAAAAAUUGUUUCUCCAAUAUUGCGAGAAGUGUAGUGCACAGAAGACCUGAGUGUGUGCUCAUGCAUGCCAUGUUGCCAUUUAGGAAAUGUCUUGCAAGGUUUUAUACCGUCUAUUCUACCUCUAAAAGCAGUUGAAUCUUGGUAGACUGCAAUGGAGUAUAUGUUGAAUGAUUAGUAUUGAGCUUUGUAAAUAAACACUAAACUUUUGAAGAUUGUUUACAGUAAGAGAUAAAGGAAAUAUUGUUUCAACGCAGUUUUGUAUGUUUUAUAUAAGAAUACUGCAAUAUUAGGCAUCUGGCUGAGAACACAUAUAUGAAAUUUCCUAAUUAUUUUUAUCAUAGCAUAGCAGCUUCAAGAAAGUAUGUCAGGCCUGAAUACAAAGUUGAAGUACUGGACUUCAUACAGGCUCUGCUGUAAAUUUUGAAAAUGAACCUCUCACCUAAUGUAUAGUAUAAUCUGAGGGGAAUGUUAUACAUGCUUUUAAGAUAAUGAUGGGGAAACACAAGAAAGAUCAUCUAGAAAUGGUAAAAAUACAUGUUUUUUUUUUAAUUCAAUGGUUAUUUUUAACAUCUUCGAAUAUCACCUUUUUAUAAGUAAAUAAACAGUUGUGUUUCUCCUAAAAAGUACUUGUCAAAAAUCUGUAUCAUGUUUUUGCAGAUA